CACAUGAAUGGCAGGUCCUGAUCUCCCCGGAGAAAAACCAGCCACCACCAACUGCAACGACGACCAUGAACAUCAACCGGACUGCACUGAUGACACUAAAUCAUCAAUGUUAGUACUUCCUAUGAUACCCACACCUGUUCGCCGUCCUAGAGGCCGGCCAGCAGGGUCCAAGAACAAGCCUAAGCCGCCGAUAAUCAUCACUCGCGACAGCCCCAACGUCCUACGUGCUCAUGCCAUGGAGGUGAGUCCUGGCUGUGACAUCACUGACUGCAUUGCCGGGUUUGCGAGAAGACGUCAACGUGGAGUGUGUGUUCUCCGGGGAAGUGGAUGCGUGAUGAACGUGACACUGAGACAGCCAGGGCCGGCUCCGGGAGCCACCAUCACACUGCAUGGGCGUUUUGAGAUCUUAUCAUUGCUAGGAUCCUUUUUUCCUCCACCGGCACCGACGUCUGGCACAGGGUUGACGGUUUUCUUGGGUGGUUCUCAGGGGCAGGUGUUUGGUGGCAGCGUAGUAGGACCACUGGUUGCGGCGAGCCCAACGGUGGUCAUGGCGGCAUCUUUCAUGACUACUGGAUUUGAUCGUCUUCCAUUGGAGGAGCAUGAGAGUACUAUUGCUGGAAGUGGCAUGCAUCAUCAUCAUCAUCAUCAUCACCACCGCAUUGAGAUGCCUAACUUGUAUGGAGUUGGUGUGCCUUCUGCCAUGGCUCCUGAGCUGUAUGCAUGGGCUCAUGGUGGUCAAGUGACUGAGUUGAAGAAGUGAUUAUUGUAAUAAUAAUAAUUAUUAUUAUUAGUGGAGGAAGGUGGAUAUGGUUGAGUUUGAAGGAAUAAGUUAUAUAUUAUGCACCAUGUAUUAUGACAAUGAAGUGGUUUGAUUAGAUAUAAUUAAAUAUUUUGAAAAUUUU